UUCAUAGUUAAGUUGUCGUUCGACGGUGGUAACUACGCUAUAUCAGGGGGUGGUUUGACUGAUGCGUACAAUGCUGCUCAACUUCAUUUUCACUGGGGCUCUGUGUCAAGUCAAGGAUCCGAGCACACAAUCGACGGAAUGGAAUACCCAGCUGAGUUGCAUAUUGUACACGUGAAGGAUGGCCUGACGCUCGCCGAAGCUCUCACCGACCCAAGUGGUCUUGCCGUUCUCGGGUUUCUUAUAGAGGUGUCUGACGAGGACAACGAUGAUUUCGCGCCUUUGAUUGACGCUAUUGUGGACCUAGACGAUGAUGUCGUCCUUAAUACUAGUAUUGUAUUGGGAGACAUAAUCCCAAAUGAUGUUUCCGCAUUCUACCGUUACGACGGAUCCCUGACAACUCCUACCUGCGACGAAGCAGUUAUAUGGACCGUCUUUAAGAGCACUAUCUCACUUUCCGAAAGCCAGCUUGACGUAUUUCGAGAUCUCACUGAUGGGGACGGCAACAGUAUAUCCAACAACUACAGACCACCACAACCGGUCAACACUAGGACUAUUUAUAGAUCUGAGAACGGUGGAAACGUCUUAACUGUUUCGUUAAUAGCCCUGGUACUGGUCGGCAUCUUGCAUGUGUCAUUGUAGAGGAAGGCUGCUAAAUAAUAAGAUGGCAAACCGUGUGUCUUUCAUGAAGAUUUUCUCUGUGAUAAACGAUAGGCCUAUACCUAUGAAAACGAAUAAGACACUUAAUCUGUUUUAGUAAAUUCAUUUUCUAAUUAUCCAUUCCACACGUGAUAUUAAAACGUUUGUUUUGCAAAA